GGCUUUAUAGAGAGAAGAAUCUCAACUGGGCUUUAUAGAGAGGAAUGAGGAUCCUAACUGGGCUGUACCAGGAAUCAGAAGAAAGUGCCAGUGACACUCCUCCAAAUCAAGCGAAUAUUUAUUAAAGCUAAGGGGGAGCAGGUGACAUAUUUAGGAUUUCAAUAUAAAGAACUUUAUUUCUAAAAGAUCGCCAAGCCCAAAACCACCAAACACGAUAGUCAAACUAACAGUAAACAAAACUUACUAGAAUUGUACUUACUCCUCCCCCACUUGCAAUUAUUUAUAGGCAGAGCUUAGCCUGCUUCUUCUCACAGAUUGGAUGAACUUCAAUUCAGCCAAUGUUAGAAGCGCUUUUGCCACCACCAAUCAUUACAUUUGCUGCAUUCCACAGCGCCAUGUGACACAACAGGCCAAUAGCAAUAUAGUAUGUGAAUACGUCAUUUGCAUGGGAUGGGUAUAAAAGCAGGAGCCCGGAGGGAGGAGGAAACACUUUACUAGUGAGAGAGAAACAGUACAAUUAUGCCUGAACCAGCUAAGACCGCUCCAGCCGCAAAGAAAGGCUCCAAGAAAGCGGUAACGAAGACUCAGAAGAAAGACGGGAAGAAGCGCAGGAAGACAAGGAAGGAGAGUUACGCCAUUUACGUGUACAAGGUGCUAAAGCAGGUGCACCCCGAUACCGGCAUCUCGUCCAAGGCCAUGAGCAUCAUGAACUCCUUUGUCAAUGAUGUGUUUGAGCGCAUCGCAGGGGAAGCCUCCCGCCUGGCUCAUUACAACAAGCGCUCCACCAUCACCUCCCGGGAGAUCCAGACCGCGGUCCGCCUGCUGCUGCCUGGGGAACUGGCCAAACAUGCCGUGUCCGAGGGCACCAAGGCUGUCACCAAGUACACCAGCGCCAAGUAACUGCUACUACUGCCCGACCCCAACACAAAGGCUCUUCUAAGAGCCCCCCACCUUCUCCCCCAAAGAUCUGUAACCGACCCUUUCCCUGAGUCUCUUGUAGGGAGUUAUUUCCGCUUGUUCCACCCUGAUCUCUCGGUGCAGCGCUGAUAAACUGUCGCCACAUUAAUCGCCCAUUAGUCUCGCGCUUUGUCUGCACUUGUGUCUCAUCCCCCUGUACAAGCGCCGCUGCCGGUAACAUUGUCCCACCAGUCUCCCUCCUACAGACACAUUGUUGCUCCUCAUCCCCCACAAACCGACACUUACACCUGCUGCAAUGGCUUUUAUUACUCGCCUCGCUGCAACAGGGAUCAGUCCCGACUUCUCUCUCCUCCUGAUCCCCGGGGAUAAUCAGAGACAUCAGCUGAGAUCACUGUGCGACUGAGAGAAGCAGCGGGGACAGAGGACUCUGGGGAAGUCACAUCAUUUCUCUAUUUGUCUUCAUUUUGCUUUUAUACAAUCACUCGUAUUGUUCAUUAUAUUAAAUAUAGAAUCUCAUAGAAAUGUGGCGCCUCCGUGUAAUAAACACCCUCACUUUCCCUCUUACUCUGUAUUUCAAGCCAGCGGUUUUUUUGGCGGGCGAUUUGAAACCAUCAGCUGUUCUCCCCGAGCCAAUCAUUAGUAGAAAGUUAUGGGCGGGGUUAAGUCAAUUGAUUUGUGUGGGCGGACCAGUGAUUGUACGAAGCGAGAAAUCUAUUAAAUUCCACCCACAGGCGCAGUUCCCUCUCAGGUCCUCUCAUUAACACAAAGGCUCCUCUCAGGGCCGCCCACCCACUCGCUGACUUCUGUUUUUAUUCUACUACUUUGUAUUGCGCUACUGAUGUUCUGAUGAGUCUGUUGGAAGGAAUGGACUGGGAAAAUUCAUUGUCAGGAGGGGAAAUUCAGCUGCUGGGUCACCUAAUUAAACCUUCUCUCUAUUCUAUUCGUCGGCUGAGUUACACAAGGAGCACUCACACUUGAUUUGCCAAUAAAAUCACCGCGAAAAAACUGUUGUGUGUUGGCUUCGAAUACAAAGUAAGGGGGAAACUGGGGAUCCAAUCAGCUCGUUUUAUUUAUUGCAUAGUAUGACGCGAUAAGCCGAGACCCUGUCUAUUCUA